CUGGAGGCUCAUGAAGUUGAACCGAUUCGAGAGACAAAUAGCAUGAAUAUAUUCCUGAUUCCUGCAGGCGACGGAGGUCAACCUCUGGUCCGUCGUAUCGUGGACAUGCUGAAUCCUCGACAGCAACGCCGACAUUUCCAUAAAUAUCUGUUCGUGUGGCCCGAGGCAAGCGAGGAUCAACUAAGAGAACUAUUCGAAGGCUGCUGGAGUAAGCAGUUGCUCUUUGGUUUGGCCAUUACCGGACCAGACACUAUCUAUGAUUUCCAACCGUUUGGUGAACAAGGCUUGCAGCUGACAAAGUUGAUCUCCGGCAGUGAUGUCUACUACGUUGAUAAGUUGAAAAAUUUGAACGGAUUUGAUCUCCGCUUCUCAAUGUUCGUUAGUCCGCUGCGGGCACUACCUUUGGAACCAGUUGAGAGCAAGGGUUAUCAGGCAAUUGAUGGGAACGUUGCCCGACUUAUAGCGAAAAAACUAAAUGCUACGGCCAAAUAUGUUACGCCUAGUGAUAAUGACUCCUAUGGACGUUGCUUGCCCAAUGGGAGCUUCACAGGUGUCGCUAGGGAUAUAAUAAAUGGUGAGACUCAUAUUGCAAUGAACUUUCGAUUAAUAAGGCCGUGUAUCGUAUCUCGUGCGGAGUACAUGUAUCCUUACACCCGACUGAAAAUCGUUUUGGUGGUGCCUGCAGCGGGAAUGCAGCCGGAGUUCCGGAUCUUUGUCACUGCCUUUCAGAGGUCCGUGUGGCAUCUACUACUCGCUAGCUUCCUGGCAGUUCUUCUGAUCAAUGUUGUAUUACAGUGGUUUUUGGAGAAAAUUGUAGGAGAGCCACGUUGCCGUUGGUACGACGUUUUUGAAAUGCUUUUCAAAACACAUUUAGGCCAACCUGUGGAUCAUUUUACGAGAAUUAGCUCCCUACGGAUGUCUCUCAUCGGAUGGAUCCUAUUCAGCUAUGUGUUGACGACGAUUUACUUUGGCAAGCUGGAAAGUACUUUUGUCCAGUCAAGUUUUGAGGAGGAGAUAGACACGGUGGAUCAGUUUUUGACACUUGGUGUACAAGUACAUGGUAUAAACGCGCUACUAGACGCUGCGCGCCGCUCACUACCGGAACGUCAAUAUAAUCAGCUAAUGGCAAUCACAAAAAUACAUCCAAUUAAUGAUAGCGAGAACUUCUAUGUGCUAAAAGUAAGCCGGCAGAACAGGAGAACAGCCUUUGUUAUACGCAGUGAUAUAGCCAAAGAAUUCGUGGCACGCACCUUUAACUCUGAGGUGGGACGUCCCAGUUAUCAUAUUGUCAAGCAGUAUCUGAGAUCACUACCGGGCGCCUAUAUCCUACCGAUGGGCUCCCCGUUUCGUUACAAGUUUCAGAAUAUUUUAAGUACUCUCCAUGAGCACGGUGUCUUAGAGCAUUGGAGGCGCAUGGAUAUUCUGCAAAAGAGCCGGACUUCAGGUCAAUCCGACGAUGACCAAACGGACACAGAAGAUGCUGCAGAUGAGUUGGAGUGGAGCAAGAAACAUGUAGUUCUCACUUUAGGAAUUCUUCAGGGUUCGUUUUAUUUGUUGAUUAUAGGUCACCUUCUAAGUGUGUUAGUUUUUUUCAUAGAACGAGGAUAUUUUCACUGGCGUCGUCCAGUAAACAUGGUUUAGUUUAAGGUGUGCAUCUUAAGAAUAU